AUGUCAUUCAUCCGUCCGUCAUUUAUAAAUAUCAGUAUCACCACAUGCACAUAUUUAAUAAGCAUAACAACUUACUUUUGUUGGAGCAGCGCGGGGAAGUCGGCGCCUGCAUUUCUCGCUCGCUUAAAUAAACCCACAGAGAGCCUGACAUUCAAACUAGGCGAAGCUAUGAAGCGAAAAAUUUGUGGCACAAAAAAAAUUUGUAUUUUAAUUUUUAGUUUAACGAUUUUCACGGCGAUAUACAGGGUUUUCUUUGGUGGUGAAAAUAACGAGGACCGGUUUAUAGCAUCUGGAAGCUGUCUGAUCAGUACUUCGACAACGCCAAAAAAGUUCCUGUACUUAGUUAUGGGGAAGAACUGUCUUCCUGUACAUUUUAGAGGGGAAUGCAAUAUUGGCAACGGGUCUACAUGCAACUGUGAUAUUAUUAUGUUCGGUUACAAAGAGAAAUGUGACGAAGCGAAGAAUGGCAAUUUGGAACAUGUAGAGCACAUCCACCGAUAUGGCACAACUUGGAACUCAGGCAGGAACUACCUUUACGAGCACGCCAUGAAGAGAGAAACCGCGUACCUCUACUACAUAUUUGUGGACGAGGACGCAUCUAUGCGGCCAAAUGUCGAUAGCAACGUCAAUGUAACCUCUCUUGGCUUAUGGCGAUCCUUUGAGAAUUUUCUAGUGGAAUACGAACCCGCAGUAGGAAUUACAGCGUAUUGCCAUGGUAAGUCGCACCGAUGUAAAUGGCAAAGAAAUAAACCUGGCGGGAACGGUGUCUAUGUUCUCUCAGGAUAUCUUUUUGAUGCAUGUUUCAAUGCAUUUCAUCACGACGCUCUGCCAUAUCUGUUGCCGUAUAAUCUUAAGAAUGAAAACAAAAGUUGGAUUUAUAGUCAGCAUUAUGUCGCAACGCUAGCCAAACAUUAUUUCUCGGGCUCUGUCCUCAUUUACGGCAACGUGAACAUUGUGAACGGUGGACACAGAGAGUACCCUCGAACUUCCGACCCGGAGCGUUUUAAGGAGCAAGAUCUCGUCAUCAGCAAAUAUGUGGAUUUGAUUACAAAGUCUCGAAAGAAGCCAGAAUGGAAAAGGCGUAUAAAUGUUUCUGAAACAACAGACGAGCAUUUUUGCAUGUGUUAUAAACGAAUCACGUAAGCACAAAAGGUGAGAAUAUACAGUGGGCUUUGGAGGUCGCUUGUUUGGGGACAGCCAUGCAUUAUGUCAACGGAUAUGUGAAAUGUUAUAUGCAUAUAAAAUGUGUACAACGUUGCCUCGACCACAACCUCGUGUGUCGCCAGUGUCGACAUGCUGUUUGGAUGGAGGUUCCCUGUUUUAUUUAUGAGUCGAAUGAGUUCAUGAGUUAUGAGUUAAUGAGUCAGUUCAAAAACAAUUCUUGUUUAUACUACACUCAGCAACCAAAAUGUCUUUAAAUUUCAAAACCUACAGUAACUAAUAAGGAUAUCCAUAGUAGCCCAGACACACUGUGCGAUGCUUGGCAUACUUAAUUACCUCCUGCGGUUUCGACCUCAAAAUAUUGGCUUUGGCUUUGUACGUCGGUUUGUUUGUCGCUUUUCAGUGUCUAAACUGAUUAGGCUAGUAGUCGCUUCAAAGCACUCACAUGAGUGCUUUGAAGCGACUACUAGCCUAAUCAGUUUAGACACUGAAAAGCGACAAACAGAUAAUCGGUUCAAAACAUUAUUUUUUCCACAAGUAAUAGAUAUAUACGAACUCCGCAGGGCUAUAUUUUCCUCAUUUUACAACUAUUUCGCUAAAAAAACUUUACUGCAAUUUAUGAAUUUUACCGUAAUUUGAAGAUGCUCUUUCUAGUUUCAUGCCGGUAUAAAUGGGGUUUCAUUCUUCGAAGUCUCACUGUACACUACAAACUUUUCAUUUCGAUACGAUUCAUGUUCUGAACAGUUUUAAUGAAAAUAACAAUAUAACAAUAACAGUACUCUCUACUUCAAAUAUAAGCAACAGCAACAUUGCUUUAACAUUGCUCAUUAUUUUGCUUAAGCAAGUUCCUCAUUAAUGUCCUGUUCGUUAACUGACACACAAGUACGAUUAGACGUGUUUGUGGUGCUUGUGAUUCUAUGAACACAAGAUGGUAUUAAUAUUGUACGUUUCCAUAGUUUUUCCUCGAAUUUUUCGAGAUUAAAAGCGUUGAAAGAGCGAAAACAAGCAUGAAUUCAUAUCCGAGAGAAUGCUGUCUUGCAGGCGAUGGAUUUGUCUGUAUACAGCUAUACGUGUCCAGACUUCAUUUCGUCGAUUAACAGAUCCAAUAUGCCGGUCACUGCUAACAAAGACAAGGUUUUAUAUCCAAAGUGAUAUCCUUAUCAGUUAUGUAGGUUUUGAAAGACAUUUUGGUUGCUGAAUGCAUGUAGUAGCCUAUAAACAAGAAUUGUUUUUGAACUGACUCAUGACUCAUUUACUCAUAACUCAUGAACUCAUUCGACUCAUAUAAAACAGGGAACCUCCAUUCGAUUCAGUGAAAAAAUAUCUCCUAAUUCCUAACGAUGGUUUUAGUCGAUAUCAACAUUGGUUUAUGGCCUUUGAAAGUCAAGUGAGAUCGUAUCAAGUAAAGUUAUAUUUACUUUAUUUAGUACACUCAUAUAUACAUUCUUCUGUCGACCGCCAGUUGGUCCGUACGCAAGGAUUAAACUGCGCUUUAAACGUUCAAAAGAAAAUAUUUAGGGUCUUUUGGGCUCAAAAUACUAUCAAAGUGAAGAGAGAAGUGAGACGAAUCCACUUGUAUACGGCCGAAAAAGAGAAAACCAACGAUACCAAAGUUAUCAAGGAUCAAACGCGCUGCAUUUUUUAUUAUUAGUUUAAUAAUUUUGAGCGAUUUGUCAACAAUACAAUUCCGCCUGGCUUUCAAAGACAAAGGCCAUAAAUCGCUAGAAUACUGUUGUUUAUAUAGUAUUAUAUAAAUUGGCAAUAAAAAUUUUUAUUGCUUUAUCUGAAAGAGCAUGAAAGAAUAAGCCGAUUGGCCGCGGUUUUCUGCUGUAUUCUAUCUCAUCUGGUUCUAACCUGAAGUUCAGGCCCCUGAACUUCAGGUUAAUCUGGUUCCGAAGUUAUACCUACGCAACAAGAAAAUAUUUCUUUAAAAAAAGAAAUAAUGUUUCGUUCCAAUAUAAUUAUAGAAAUACCAGACGUCUGUAAUUAGCGGUUGUGACCAUAGAUCACUUGUGUAUGUCGAGCAAUGAAAUUGGUUCAUUUUGUGAGGCGGGCGGGUUCUGGUAAUUUUUGCACGUAUUAGUAUAAAUUUUCAUUACCUGGAGGGGCCGAGCGGUCCAGAAAUACAGUAGUAGUAUUUAAAAUGAAGAAAAACAAAGAAAACUAUAUAAUAAAUAUAUACCGCUGUUGGCGCUUGAAUACUUCAAAUAUAAAUCAUCGUGCC